ACUAGUGAUGGAAGGUUGAUCAGGAAAAUUUAUCUUACUUCAUCACUUUAUCUGACAAAACAUGGCAGGCAGCAUUUAACCUCAUUAUCCCAUGAUAAAACAGAUGGUUUGGUAGCAGCAGUGGUCCAGUUUGGAUGGUUCUCCUAGAGCUUUAUUAGCUGUAUAGGUGCACAAUUGUGGUGUGUUGUCCAUGCUAGUGUGCAGUUGCUUGCAGAGGUGUUUUGGGAUAUAGAUUUAUAAAUUCCAGAAAUGAUUUUCUCUGGAAGUGUAAGAUCUCAUCAAUCUGCUGAAAAUUACAGACAAAGGUUCCGCCCUGCCUGUGAUACGGCCCAAAGAACAGAUAUGAAAAUGGAUCCUAGGUUGAUAAAUAAGCAGCACUGCAUUCCCACAGAAGCAUGGAGACCAGGACAAGAAGUAGUGGCUUCAUACAACUUUCAGGGAUCAUCAGCCGAGGAUUUGCCAUUUAACAAAGGCGAUGUACUUACAAUAGUCCAAACAACUAGGGAUGCUAAUUGGUAUAAGGGACGUAAUGGUGCUGGUCGUGAGGGGAUGGUCCCUGCUACCUAUGUCCAGAGACGUAGAGAGGUGCCCCUGCAUGCAAUGCCAUGGUUCCAUGGGAAAAUAAAACGAGAAAAUGCAGAAGAAUUACUUGUGCCUCCAGAGGAUGGACUUUUUCUUGUGCGCGAAAGCGUGAAUUACCCUGGCGACUUCACACUUAGUGUGUGUCAUAAGUCCAAAGUGGAACAUUAUCGCAUAAUUUACAGUCAAAACAAGAUGACCAUAGACGAAGAAUCAUAUUUUGAAAAUCUAACACAACUUGUUGAGCAUUACUCUAAGGAUGCAGAUGGUCUUUGUGUCCGACUAAUACGUCCUCUUCAGAAGAAAGGCUCCAGUUUCUCCAUGGUAUCUGUCCAGGACUUUGAGAGUGGAGGCUGGGUGAUUCACAAACAAGACUUGGAAGUGGGCGAGUCUAUAGGGAAGGGAGAAUUUGGAGAUGUGUGUAAGGGUAAAUAUAAACACCAACAAGUAGCAAUAAAACAGCUGAAGAAACAGGACAACGCUGCUCAGGCUUUCUUAAAAGAAGCUUCUGUUAUGACAUCACUUCGACAUCCAAAUCUGGUCCAAUUGAUUGGAGUUGUUUUAGGAGACAAUAUUUUGAUUGUAACAGAAUUUAUGGGGAAAGGGAAUUUAGUGGAAUACUUAAGGUCUCGUGGAAGGAGUGUAAUUACAAAGAAAGAUCAAAUUGACUUUACCACAGAUACAUGUUCAGCUAUGCAGUAUUUAGAAAGUAAGAAUCUAGUACACAGAGAUCUAGCAGCCAGGAAUGUGUUGGUGAAUGAAAGCAAUACAGCCAAGGUAUCUGACUUUGGUCUAGCCAAACAUGGAGAUUACACACAAGAGGGGGGCAAGUUCCCCAUCAAGUGGACAGCUCCAGAAGCUUUGAAAGAAAAUGAAUUUUCCAGCAAAUCUGAUAUGUGGAGCUUUGGUGUAUUAAUGUGGGAGAUAUAUUCUUUUGGAAGAGUACCAUAUCCUAGAAUUCCGUUAGCAGAUGUUGUGACCUAUGUACAGCGUGGAUACAGGAUGGAGGCUCCAGAAGGCUGUCCAAAAGAAAUUUACCAAAUUAUGCUCAGCUCCUGGGAAAUUGAGGCUGUCAAACGACCUUCAUUCGAAGAAGUUUUAGACAAACUUAACCAUUUGAGAUCCACGACUGUAUAGCAACGUUGCAGUAUGAGUGUCAUGAUUCUGGGACAAGCCAUGCAUUGGAUACUGAGAGAUUUAAUCCUCCAUGGGGCAUAACUCUGCAAGCCAAAAUCAAAUCUCUUGUCUGCUGGUCAUGCCAGCAUUGGCCAGCAGUUAGUCUAUAUUUGUCUCUUCAUCAUUAAGAUACAUUUUAUUUUCACUAUUUGCAGUGGAGAAAAGAGUACCACAUUGCCUUAUUAUAAGUGAUGUACACUGUUGUUUGUUGUAGCUGUGUCAGUGUAUACCUUAUGUGUGAUUCUACACUAAUCAGUGGCUGCAUUCCACUGUUAUUCAAAUACUAGCGUGGACAUUAUUUUUGCUUCAAGUGUCUGCAUCUGUAAUGGGAAUACUAAUAAAACAUCUCUGUUUUGAUAUUCUACAUGGUUAUACAUUUAUUGAAAAUGUCAAAUUCAAAUGACAUUUCCUAAAGUCUGAAUUUUUUACCAAAAUUUGCUUUAGGAUUAUCUGCAGGUCUGAAGCUUAUAUCCAAGCACAAUGGAAAUGUCACAAUAUUUCAUGGCUUUAUGUUAUAUCAUUCAUCAAAAACGGUCACCAGAUUUUUCUCUCUAUGGGGGAAAAUAGUUGGUGUAUAAAAAUAUUAAUUUGAUUUGCUUUCUUAAAGGGAAGAAAAGCAGCAAAUAAACCAGCAAAAAUUCCUUGCUGAUAUGACAAUUGUCUUAAAAAUUGUAAGCUGGAGUAAUUUGGUACAGAAUAAUUCCAUGACUUUUCUCAGACUGAAAUGCCUUUUUAUGUUUAAAAAUAUGCAUUAAUUCUAGAGAUUCAAAUAAAUAUAGUGCACAUAUUUACAUAUUAAUAAUUAUGUAUGAAGUUAUAUCAAGUUAUUAUAUAGAUAUCAUUGAACAUUGAUAAUGUGGCUUUAUCUCUGAAAGUUUUCCUAUAUGCAGAAACAUUAUCUUUUAUCAUUGAAGUUACAGUCAUCUUAAAUAAACAUGGAAGAAAGAUUACAAAAUAUUUGGAAAAAAUAGUCAAGAAACACUUUGAAUUGGAAAUAACCAUAAUGCAUAGCAUAGAACUUCCUUACUCUGAAAACCAUUUCCUGAAAAAGUCUUAAAACUUGAUUAAUGUGUAAAUGCGAGAAAGAAAAUACUGUUUUAAUGUGACUGAUGAUUAGGUUCGUGCCUAUAAUUUUGUACCGGUUAUAGAGAGAAUGAAAUCUGUGAUUUUACAGUGUUAAUAAAAUACAAAUUGUAGAAAUGUCAGGCAAAAGUGUUUUUGCAUGUCUCUUAUUGUUGUCGUGUAUGAAAACGGGAAUGGACUGGUACCGUAAUUUUUUCUUACAUUUCUAAUAUAUAUAUAUUUUGUGAAUUAGCUUACAUUUAAAACAUCAUGUGUGUAUACAUUUAUUGAUAAUCUGAAAUUGGUUUCUUUAUUUAUAUUGUCACUUGAAGCUUCAGUUUACUUCAUUCUUCAUAAUUCAGUAGAACUCUUAUUUCUGAGACUUUGAACUUUACACUCUUUUAGAGAAUAUUUAACUUUCAAUUCUGUUGUUUUCAAGAAACUUGGUUUUCUGGUUUCAAUUCUGUUGUUUUCAAGAAACUUGGUUUUCUGGUUUCCUGUGAUUUAAAGCUCCAUAUGACAAACAUCAUGUUCAGAAACUGUGGCAAUUUUUUAGUGGCAGUAUGUAUUAUUUUUGACUAAUUCUGAAUGACAAUGUAUGUAGUAUUUGAUGUCCUACCAAAUGCUUGUACAACUACCCUCUUUUAUACUACAUUACAGAAGAUUUAUAUUUAGCUUAUGAAUCAUGUUAAAUUUUUGCUUUUUGAGAACGGUUUAAAUGUUCAAAAAUUUGAUACAAGGCCAACUUCAUUUGUGUAUAUCACCACAGCGUCCUAAUGAUGUAAAUGAAUUGUCACAGAACAUAGCCAUAUGAUAACUCAGUCAUCUUGAAACGGAAAAUUAAAGUUUGUUAAUGGAUGAGAUUAGAUGAGAGAUUUCAAGGAACCUGAUGCGUGUUAGAAGUUGGUAAUCCAUGGAGCCCUGAGAUGUUGCCUUCAGAUGGCUUUCCGGUCCCAUUUUAUGUAUAAUACACUACGUAGCUUUGUAAAAAUCAUGCAGUGACUUUGUAGGAGAUGAUAAUCAAUCAAUGUCUCGUUGUGAUAUUUAUGUGACUGAAUACCAAGUCUAAAAUAGACCAGAUUUUCCUAAAUUAUGACAGUACACUAGAUAUUUGAUCUAUUUUUGAUAGAUGAUGAAAUGAGGGGUUUGCUUUUGGUGGUAAAGUUUAACUGUAUGCAUAUUUUGUUUGUUUUAGAUUGGUUUCUUUUAUGUUUAGCUGAAGAUAUGGUGUAAGUCGUUUCUCCAUCUCAUUUUUUUUUUCAUUAUGUGAGUAUAAUAUUCCACCCGACUGAUCUACACCUUAAUUAGGGACCAUACAUGCAAAACACAGAGAAAGGACCAAGCAUCAAUUUGGAAGUUCAGUAAGGUUAAAGCCCAAGAAUUAUAAACAACUCUAUUGCUAUCAUUGAUAUCAAUUUAUUUUAGUUAAUUAUGAUAAAAUUUAGGUCAUGUGACCAAGAAAAGUACAUACUUUUUACAUGUAUAAACUGUCUGGAGGUGCUGCUAGCAUCAGAAAAGCUUGAUAAGUGAAGAUCAUACGCUAUUACCGUGAAUAUAUAUGAAAAAAAGUUCUCUAUAUGUAUCAUAGAAGUGUAUUAAUAUUGGGAAAUCAUAUUCAUACAAAUACAAAAAAUAUUGAACAUCCCAUCCCCACCCUAAUAAAUAUGGUUUACACCAGGAAAAGAUUAGCCUAUGUUCAGCACUGCUAGAUGUAGUUAACUCUCUUAUAAUAUUUUAUCUUAUUUUAACCAAGGGUAUACAAUGUACUGGUUUUAAGUUUUAACCAACAAUAAAGGGUUUAAUAAAACAAUUGUUUGCUAGCUUCAGAUUUCUCACCAUGGUGACAGUUGCUAGCUUUGAAUUUCUAACACUGAUGACAGUUGCUAGCCUCCAAUUUCUCACCAUGAUGAUAGUUGCUAGCCUCCAAUUUCUCACCCUGGUGACAGUUGCUAGCCUCCAAUUUCUCACCAUGAUGAUAGUUGCUAGCCUCCAAUUUCUCACCAUGAUGACAGUUGCUAGCCUCCAAUUUCUCACCAUGAUGAUAGUUGCUAGCCUCCAAUUUCUCACCCUGGUGACAGUUGCUAGCCUCCAAUGUCUCACCCUGGUGAUAGUUGUUAGCCUCCAAUUUCUCACCCUGAUGAUAGUUGCUAGCCUCCAAUUUCUCACCCUGAUGACAGUUGCUAGCCUCCAAUUUCUCACCCUGAUAAUGGUUGCUUCUUAUUCUAAUUAGUAUUGCAGGAAUAGAGUUCUCCCCAUAGAUAAUAUAUUGUUCCUUAGUUAUUGUUUGUGUACAGACUUCACAGCACCUGAUAUGAAUUCUCAGUGUUUUUGAUGACUCAAUAAUUUUAAACUAUGGAUUGGAAACUUCUGUACAUUUCAGCUUGUUAUAAAGACAUCACAAUUUUGUUUUGAUAUAUACAUUUCCGGAUAAAUACUCUUUGUUUUAUUUUCUAUAGACAUUCAGUUUUCUAGACUGAACCAUCAGGGUAGACAUCAAAUUCUGCAAUACUUGGGCUUCAGUCUUGACAUAUGGCGAUGGUGGGAAUGUGAACACUUUGCUUUGAUGAAAUUUAAUCCUUGGUUUUGAUAGAAUGAAUACUUGACUUUUAACAGACAUUAGAAUCUGCAAAAAGUCAUUUGGAUUUUAACAUUAUUUCUCCAGGUAUGUAACAGGUGUUUGAAUUACAUUAAAAUCAAAGAGGGAUAAUUUAAAAUUGGAAUCCUUUGCCCACUUAUUUUAUCAUUUUUUUUUCUUUGUAAGCUUUUCAGGUGUUUUGAUCCCUUAGGAAAUGCUUAGCCGUUAGCUGAUGUUAGUGGUGUAUCGUAGAUUGGGUGGAAUAUGGUAAAUUAUCAAUCUGUUAUGCUGCCAAAAGUUUUUAAUGUUACGUUCUGACAUAUCAUAAUGUAAACACAUUAGUUGAUUUUAUUAUUUUUUUUUAUAUAAAACUACAUCAUUCAACUGCUGAUGGUUUGUAAAUAUCCUGUUAUAAUGUAACAUGUGUAAUACCAAUAAAAUACUUAAUUACAUUG